UUGCAAUAAUAACUAUAAUUAAGUGUUCGCCACAUAAAAUUCAAAGCACAGCGUAAAACAACCCAGUCAAAACAUUAUAAUGGAACCUCUCAGAAAUAAUGAAAGUAUCAACGGAGAAGAAGUUAAGCCAGAUGUAGUUACUCCGUCAAUUUACGAAAUAAAAAAUUUUAAGGAGUUAGUUCCUCAGCUAAUUGCAGCCAUCAUAGUAACUUCCUAUAAUUUGCUAAUCGGAAUGUCUAUAGCAUUUUCGGGGAUUUUAGUACCUGAUAUAGAAAAGCCAAACAGUGAAAUACAUGCGACAUUUGGGGAAAGUUCUUGGAUUGCUAGCGUGAAUUCACUUACGAUGGCUGUUUCUCUUGUUUUUGUCGGAUUUUUCACUGACAAUAUUGGUCGAUUGAACACCGUUAGAUUGUCAAUUAUCCCGUGGGCCACCGGAUGGGCCCUAAUUGCCCUAGCAUCCAACACCACCAUGCUACUCGUAGGAAGAAUGAUUAUAGGAUUCGCCAUGUCUUGUGCAAGUCCUGGAAGUGUGUAUUUAACGGAAACAUUGUGGCCCAACGCAAGAGGUGUUCUAUUAGCUCUGAACUGCGUAACUUCAUCUCUAGGUGUCGAACUCAUGUAUUUAAAAGGUCUAUUUUUGAGUUGGCGAGCGAUAGCCUGGUGUUGUGUUCUGUACAGUGUUAUAUGUACUGGUCUGACUUUUCUUCUCUACGAAAGUCCAACAUGGUUGAUAAAGAAAGGAAAAAUAAAACAGGCUAGACAAUCGCUGGAAUGGCUUCACAAAUAUCAAACUUCUCCGACAAACACAAGUCACGCUGACAUACACUUGGGAAUUUUAAAGCAAGAAAAUAACAUAAGACGUGAAACACGAAAAGACAGAAAAACAUGGAAUCAUCGCAUUUCCCAGUUUUUAAAACCUACUGCUUAUAAACCGACUAUCAUUCUAAUCGGUGUCUUCCUUAUUCAGAACUUUUCUGGAGUUUAUGUUAUAAUAGCGUAUUCAGUAACUUUUUUCGAAAAUGUAGGGAGCACCGUUGAUCCUUUAAUAGCGUCUAAUUUGGUGUCAGGGAUGCCAGUGAUAUUGUCACUGAUAAACCUUUACACAAUCAAGAGAUUCAAAAGGAAACACAUCCUUAUAGCAAGUUGUGUGGGGGCCUCAAUUUGCUUAUUUAUUUCAGGGAUUUUUACAAAAUUGACACAUAAUGGAUUAAAAGGAUUCGGAUGGGUGCCAAUAUUAUUUAUUUUCUUGUACAUGGCAAUAGUGAUGUUAGGAUUGGAACCUAUACCUUGGAUAUUGGCUUGCGAAUUGUUCCCUUUGGAAAUGAGGGGAAUUUUGGCUGCAUUUUGUGUAUCCACAACUACAUGUACUAUGUUCGUGGCGAUUUAUAGUUACAGAUAUCUAGACAUUGCUUUCGGUUCGGCAGGAGUUCAAUUGUUUUACGGCAUUGUUGCCAUUUGCGGGUCCCUUUUUGUACAUUAUUUUAUACCAGAAACAAAGGGUAAAACCCUUUACGAAAUAGAAAAUUAUUUCCAACAAUGAAUACAUGUAUCGACUCUUUUGUAUUAGAAAUUGUAAUUAUUUAUCGACAACAGUUAUAAAAGAACGAAUAAAAUGCGUACCUAUUUUUUUUUCUGAA